GAAAAUAUGCAGCCAAAGUCCAACAGCGGAUACAAAUUCAUUGCUUUAACUAAUUAUGACAACAAAAUGUUGAGAAAUGUAAUAAAGUAAUUACUUUUUCAAUAAGUUACCUUACACGCUGACAAUUUGUUAGCUACGCUGUCCUUACGAACCACGUAGCAUAUCAUUACAGUAGUAUGAACAGGCGUUGUGCCGAAAAUCGUUCAUUGCUGCGACUUGCUUGCUAGAACUUGAGAUUUCUGCUCUUCACUUCGUUGUCAGUUUAGCCUACAUUUCAUUGAUCUUAAUAGCAGAAAGCAUUUUUGUCUGCAGUUUUCGGUUUGGCUAUUUGUUUCUAGUGUAUGUGGCGGUGGGCGGCUGCCAUUGUCGUCCAUACCUAAAUCCGCAACUUAUUUUGUAGUCUAUAAAUACAUAUUUUAGCCAAAAUUCGUAAUCUCUCCCAAUGCUCAUUCGACUAGUAUUUUUGAAAGUGUAAGGAUAAUAAUUCAGCCAUAGUAAUAAAAUGUUAAUUGCUUGCUAACAUGUUACUCCGUCCACUAUGUUUAAUAUAACACACACACAUUCAUUAUUACUUUCGGAUGCCUAUCCUGACAUGAAGUUUAUUCUAUAGAAGAUAUUUGACUUUGAUGUGUGCCACAGAAACACCUGUAUGUUAGCUACCUAACGUUAGUUGGCUACUUAUACAUCAAACUUGCCAGUAUAUUAACUAUAGGCCAUCUAACUACCCAACGUUUAUUGACUUAAUUAUUCCAUUCUUAGCUAAAUUGUAUUAUCGUUGUGCGUUCUCAAUGAACGUUGGGUGCUUUCGUAAAUUCGCUCUGGCUAUCUACUCCGAUUGUGUACCAGUCCAGAGCACAGAAUAAUGCAUGUACAAGUGCUCAGCAGCGGUUGAAUAUGGCAGACAAAAAAAAAGCGUCAUUAAAUUGUUGCCACCAACGCUUUGGACAACAUAAAUACUGCCUAACCAGCUCUGCUAUGCACACUCUGCCAACCUGGAUGUCCUAGCCGUAUUGGAAUCCUGGCUUAGGAAGACCACCAAAAACUCUGAAAUCUCCAUCCCUAACUACAACAACUUCAGACAAGAUAGAACGACCAAAGGGGGCAGUGUUGCAAUCUACUGCAGAGAUAGCCUGAAGAGUUCUGUCCUAUCCAGAGGGCAAGGUUCCCAUCAUCCAGGCCUCCAGACUACCUCAUCCUGGAGAGAAGGAAACAGGAGGAGGCCCGGGACAAGGUGUUGGAGUUCACCAAGUACCAGAACACCUGUGACCUUAAGACGCGCUGGGAGAAGAACUCUGACCGGCGCAUUGUGUUGGGAACCAUUGAGAGACGGGUCAAAGAUGCCAUUGGGCACUAUCAGAUGACCAUCAAUGAGAGGAGGGAUAGACUGCAUGAUAUGUUGGAGGCAGAGGAGAAGGAACUGCUGAGAGAAAUGGAGACCAAGAAGGAGACAGUACUGGAGAGACAAGCCAAGAUGCGAGAGAGAGCCAAGUUACUGCGAGAGAGGAGGGAGAGUGAAAGACUAAGUGUGGUUGAAGACAAGCUUGAACAGCUAUUCAGAGAGCAGAGUGAGGAGCUCCGGACUGAACAGACUCGGCGCAGGCAGGACGAAAUUUGCACAGAGCGGGCUGCGCAGCUAUGUACACGGCAGGUGACGCAGCGGCAGAAAGAGGAGGAGGAGCAGCUCUUUGCUCAGCUGUGGGAUAGCGACCGGCGAGCCAAGGAGGAGCGGGAGGGCCAGGAUGCGCAGAGGCAACGCCAGAGUAACUUGCAGCAGCUGGUCUACCUGCGCGUCCAGAUGGAGGCUGCCGAGCAGCAGAGAGAACAGGCCAAGCAGCUCAAAGAGGAAGAGGCCCUGCUACUGAGGGAGCAGAGAGAGAUGCUGCAUUUGGAGGAGCAGAGAGAGCACCGUCAUAAGCUCCAGGGUCAGGAGAGCCGGCGCAGGCUGCUCGACCACUCUCUGAGGCUGAAGAUGAAGCGCCAGGCCAGGGAGCAGCAGGACGAGCUGGCCUUGGACAUGAGCAUGCUCGAGCAGCUGCUGAUGGAGGAGAGAGAUGAGAAACAGGGCAAGGUCACGAGGAAGCUUGAACUGCGAGAGGAGCAGAGUAGGUACCAGCAGUACCUGGCCGAUCAGCUUGAGGAGCAGAAGAGACAGGAGGUGGAGACAGAGAAGCUGAUCGAGGCAGAGCUAAAGCAGACCUGGGCCCGGAGGGCAGAGCAGUGUCACAAAGAGAAACAAGCCAGGGAUAGGCUGAUGAAGGAUGUGAUGGACACACGCCGCCUGCAGAUCCAGGAGAAAUUGGAUUUGAACAAGCAGAAACAGGCUCAGCUGGCCGAGGAGAGAGACGAGCUAAACAAAACCAUACAGGAGAACAAACUGCUGGAUGAGAGAGAGAAAACUCGUCUGAGACAGGGCUGUCAGGAGUUCCAGACAGACCUGCUGGCCCAGAUGAUGUACCAGCAGCAGUUGCGUGAUGAGGGGAGAUCUCAGACAGAGCAGGAGCACCAGCAAGGCCUGGUCUACCAGGAGCAGUACAACAGGAAGAUGCAGGAGAUCCUCUCCAGGUCUACCUCACACACCAGGGCUGUCCACCCCUUCAGGAUAACCUCUUCCACUAACCCACAGGGACAGUUUAGCUUAGAGUAACCUAGCAUGUGAAGUAAAGCAAAUGCAUUUAUGGCCUGGCUCGACAGGGAACACAUACUUUCGUAAUUCAGACAACAUACACAAAAACAAAUCUCUAAAAACCAUACACCCACACGCCUGAUCCUGUCUUACCUCACAAACAUACAUCUCCGGCAAGUGCUUUAUGUGUAAUCAUCUUAAGACAAAUCCGAAAUUAGCUGUCCCAAGUUUCUCAGAAAAUGGCUAAUGGAUAUUAAAUGCAAAUAAAAUAAGUUGAAUCAUA